AUGUUCUGGACUGAAGAAGAGAGCAGCAUAAUCUCUACAGAGUUGCAUAAUCAAUCUUUGGAGUCACAAAUAUGGGACAAGAGAUAUGAUUGGAAAAAUCACACAAAUCCAGUUCCUCUGGAGCUAAAACAGAGACAGUAUGCUAGGAAAAAGCUGAUUCGUGACUUCUGCGACCGCAAGGAUGCCUUGAGUGUUCCUGGGAUGAACAGAACCCUAGAUGACAUUCCUAACAGUGAACUGGAGAACUUAAUCGUGGAUGAUCGCCAUGGAAUCAUCUACUGUUAUAUCCCAAAAGUUGGAUGCACAGAGUGGAAACGUAUCAUGAUUGUGCUGAGCGAGAGCCUGAAGGUAAAUGGGGUUCCUGUUAAAAACCCUCUGGAUAUUUCACAUGAUGACACCCACAAAAGAACAAGUGUUGUUUUCCUCAACAGAUUUUCAAAGCAAGUGAUGAAAGAAAAGCUUGAGAAGUACAAAAAGUUCAUUUUUGUCCGACAUCCAUAUGUUAGACUCAUCUCUGCGUACAGGGACAAGUUUGUUAAGGAAAACCAGGAAUUCUAUACAAGGUAUGGUCUUCACAUGUUGAGGAAAUAUGGCAAUAACUCCAGGCCCCCUGCUAACGUAAAGGUUGCCCAUGCUGCUGGUAUUCUUCCAUCUUUCUCAAACUUCAUCCAGUAUGUAACAGAUCCUGAAACUUUGAAGCAUGGACUUUUUGAUGAACACUGGAGACAGAUGUAUCGCCUGUGUCACCCUUGUCAAAUAAACUAUGAUUUUAUCGGAAAGAUGGAGACUAUGGAGGAAGAUGCUGCAUUUUUGCUUCAUAUCCUACAUGUAGAUAAUAUUGUGAAGUUCCCACCAAGUAACAUCAACAGAACAGCAGAAUCCUGGGUGAGAGAGUGGUAUGCAAACAUUCCUGAUGAAUGGAAGAGAAAGCUGUCAAAAAUCUAUGAAAGAGACUUCAAACUGUUUGGAUACUCUGCUCCUUGGCAGCUGUAA